ACAAGACCGGGGCAAACUGCGGCGCGAAAAGCCAAGUCGUGUUGCAUUAGAAACAUGUUUGAACCCCCGAAAAACUCGAUAACUGCCCUCCACGCGUGGUCGGAGAGUCAGGAGGAGUUAAGGGAGAGAAAGAAGCAACCGGUGGCCGAGAAGCCUCCAGGAAGCCGAGUCACGGCGGAGAAAAAGAAACGGAAGAAACGGCGAGAAGAAGCGCAGGAAAGUGAGAAACACGCGAUCUCAGCGCCGCCGCCGCCGCUCCUCCGCCCCGAGGAGGGUGAAGCUGCUCCUCCUUCAGAAAAGUCCGGGAGCGAACCGAUUGUGAGAGGAAUCUUUCAGAUCGGUAAGAAGAGCCACGACGUGAUUCUCACGGCCACGCGGGUCACGUGGACGCGCAUCCAGCCCGAGAACCCUACAGGUGAGGCCUCACAAAAGAAGGCCGUAGAGGACUUUGUGGAGCUGAAGGACGUGUUCGUGGUGAAGGUGAAACGGCGGCGUUCGGCCGGUCAGCAGAGCGGCGGCACCCUCCUCGGCCUCACGUUGUUCUUCUGCAAGCGUAAAGGAGCUAAACUCAAAGAUGACACCAUCCACCUGGACAACCUGAGUGUGGAUCACUGCGAAAUCUGGUUCAGACGUCUCAAAGACAUCCUCAACGGUUUUAAGCAUCGUCCUAAGUCACUAAAGGUCUUCAUAAACCCUAUAAGCCACAAGAAAGAGGCGUACCAAAUCUACCGGGACCGGGUUGCUCCACUGUUUAAGCUCGCUAAUAUACAGACUGAUGUCACAGUCACUAAGAGUAAAGGCCACGCUCUGUCCAUCCUGAAGGAGUGCAACCUGGACGAGUACGAUGGGGUGGUGUGUGUAGGUGGAGACGGCUCUGUAGCUGAAGUCGCUCAGGGUUUGUUGCUCCGGGCGCAGAUGGAUGCUGAGAGGGACACACACUCCACCUUCAUGCCAGUCUCAGCACCACUUCCUCUAGGUGUGAUACCAGCAGGUUCUGCUAAUGUUGUUGCAUGCUCUGUUCAUGGUGUGAAACAUCCUGUCACUGCAGCACUGCACAUCAUACUGGGUCACAGACAGCCAGUUGACUUGUGCAGCGUGAGCUCGAUGGGUGGGCUGCUGCGGUUCGGGUUCUGCGCGAUGCUGGGUUUCGGUGGUCAAGCGCUAGCUGUGGCAGAGAGACUGAACUGGAUUCCGCCCACACAGAGACACGAACUCGCCCUCAUCACUGCGCUCGCUCAGCUCAGACCUGAAGACUGUGAGUUGUCCUUUAUCCCAAGCAGCACUGGAGAUCAUGCCCAAAGUGAGGUUCAGGAGGGCUUAAGCGACAUUGAAGAUGCUGAGUGGCAGGUUCGCAGGGGUCUCUAUCUCAGCCUGACCAUUACGUCCAUCCCAUGUUUGUGCUCUGUGGCUCCUAAAGGCCUUGCUCCAUUUACCAGGCUGAACAAUAACAGCAUGGCGCUCACAGCUGUAGCAAACACUUCCAGGUCAGAGUUCAUCAAGCACCUGAAACGCUACAGCAGCUCCAACAAUCCGUUCAGUUUCUCGUUCGUGGAGGUGCAGCGUGUGCGGGCGGUGAAGCUGCGGCCGUGCUCUCACCCUGACGACGAGCAGUGUGACGCCAAACACACUCCCAUCAUCCCUUCGGAGGGAACUCUCACCUGGAAUGUCGACGGACAGCUGCUGGAGACGCAGGGAGAAGUGCUGAUCCGGGUUCAUCCUAACCUCCUCACGCUGUUCGGCGCAGACGUCGAGGAAGCAGACGAGCCGCCUGUUAACUGCAGCUGCAUUUAAUCAUCUGCAUCAUGAUCCAAUCUCAGACUAGCUCCCUAGGUAGGCUGCAUUUUUAGGGAGCAUUCCUGGACGUCGGAGGUAAAAACCUGUCCGUUUAGUUAUAGCGUAUUUUGACCGAACUGUCCAACUGGCAUACUGCAGUUCCAUCUCAGGAUGAGUGGAAAGGGAAUUUAGGACUGGAAUACUGUAUUUUUUUUUUUCUCUGCUUGUUUAAAAACGAAACUAGAUCAGUGAGCAGUAGUGUAGCGGUUUGUUAGUUUUAGUUGAACUAACUUAAUCCAUACUCAGGUAAUCCGAUCAACUAGUGAGCGAUAGCGAACAAAAAAGAGACAGGGACGUCUCCCGUUCCGAUGCUGCGACUGAGACUGAGACACAAGGCGUAGACAGACUGACUCAGAGCUCAUCAAUACAUAGAAAAGUCAUUUAGUUUAAAACACACACACGUUACACACAGUACAGUCCAGUGCAUUAGUACUUAAAUAACAGCAGAGGACAUGCAGGGACAAAAUGCCUCUUUACACGCAUACACACACACACACACACACACAUGCAAACACACCAUAUCAGCUCUUUACAGAGUUUACACUCUGAAAACAAACAAAAAAAAAAGGUACACAGUUUUAUUCAUCCUUAUAAUAAACACAGUGAUUUAAAACAGAAA